AUGGCGUCGCGGCCCGCCUCCGGCGGCGCGGCGUCGAAGCUCAGCCCGGAUGCGCAGCGGCGGCUGGCGCAGCUGCUAAUUGGGCAGGCGCAGCAGCUGGAGGAGCGCGCGGCGGCGGUGGGCGUGACGGCGUUCUGCGGGAAGGCUGUGCAGCGGGAGCGGCCCAACGAGCGGUUCCUGGCCAACACGCUGCGGGGCGUGACGUCAACAAACAAGCGCGUGACGGAGCAGCAGAUGUGGGCGGCAUGGGAGAAGGCGCGGCCCGGGCGUGGCAACGGCGGCGGCGGCGGCGGCAGGGAGCCAUCCCCUGACAAGGGUCGCAGCGGGAGCAGGGACAGGAGCAGGGAGUGGAGCAGGGAGAGGAGCGGCGACAGGAGCAGGGGCAGGAGCAGAGAACGAAGGGGGCCCUGCGGCAGGAGCCGCAGCAGCAGCGGAGGUGGGAGCAGCGGGCAGAGGCUUGGUGCGGGCUGCCGUGCCGACCGCGGCUCCCGCUCACCCUCAAGAGGCUCUCCACACGGCGCGGCCCCAACCACCAGCGGCGGCCCCAGCGGCAGCAGCGGCAAUGGCAGCAGCAGCAGCAGCGAGCGGGAACGCUCCCCCGAGCGGCGUCGGGGUGCGGGCGCUGCGGAUGAUGAGGGAGGAGGUGGCAUCGACGACGCCGAGCUGAUGGGCUGGCUGGCGGGCAGCCGCCGCGUGAGAGGCCGCGGCGAGAUCGGGCCCAGAUCAGAUCACGAGCACGGCCCGUACCUGCCGCCGCCAGCAGAAGGGGAAGGGGGCGCCUCAGAGCACGUGUUGGGACCCGCACGGCCUGGCUGGCUGCGGUCAGAUGGUGUAGGCGGCAGCGCGCGGCGCCCCACCCCGAAUACCGCGCUGCUGCGGGGCCUGCUCGGCGCGCGCGGCGGCGACGGCGAGCGACGAGCUGGCGGUGGUGGCGGUGACGAGGCAGAUGCUUUGGGGGACUCUAGUGGCCUCACAGACAGUAGCUUGGACAGCCGCGGCAGGGCGCGCCGGCGCCGCAAGCGCAAGCACAGCAGUGAGAGCAGGAGCCGGAGCAAGGGGCGACGCUCCAAGAAGGGCAAGAAGGCGAAAGAGAAAAAGAGCAAGAGUAAAAAGUCAAAGCGGCGGCGAAAGGACGGCGACUGA